AUAAGCAGCAGUUACGGGAGAUUUAUCUGCAGUUUUACUAAUAGUUUCCCACAGCUCAGAUUACCGGCCAUGAAGCUUCUGAUUUUUCUGCUUUUCUUGGAUCAAAGCUUAGCAUCCCACCGUUUGGACAGUGAAAUUUGCAUGAAUGAGGUCUACAAACUCCAACGCCAGUUGAAACACUUACAGAAUCAGUUCCUGCUUGGAGCUUGGCGACUGUAUGAUAUCAAAGAACGUCAUAUAAACUGGGUAAAGGAAAAGAGUGAAAUAGGAAAGAAAGAGGACGGGGCAGGAUUACAUCCCACUGCUGAAAAUCUCCUUGUACGUGAUUGUUCUGAGGUUUACAAUAGUGGGGAAACCACAAGUGGGUAUUACAGAAUUCAACCAAAAGCUAUCGUUGAACCUUUUCUUACAUACUGUGAUAUGUCAGAGGGUGGUGGAUGGACAGUCAUUCAACGCCGCAGUAAUGGGAAAGUCUAUUUUAACAGAGGAUGGGAUGACUACAAAUCUGGAUUUGGAUUGUUUCAAGGGAAGAAGGAUGAAUACUGGCUGGGGAAUGACAAUAUCUACCACAUUCUAGCUAACGGAAAAUAUUUACUGAAGAUAGACCUUGUCGAUUGGAAUGGAGAAAAGAGAUAUGCGACAUAUGAAAAUGUCAGGGUUUCCAAUGAAAAGGAUGGAUAUAGGCUUGAAUUCGGAUCCUAUAGUGGAACUGCAGGGGACGCCUUGUCUGGUGGCUCAGAGCCACAGUUAGUGUGGUCGGGCGGUCACAAUGGGAUGCAGUUCACUACAUCAGAUCAAGACCACGACAGAUUCUUUCAAGGCAACUGCGCUAAAGAAAAUGAUAGCGGCUGGUGGUUUAACAGGUGCCACACCGUCAACCUGAAUGGAAAAUAUUAUCGCCAUGGCAAUUACACGGGAAACACGGACAAAGGCAUCAUAUGGCACACGUGGACAGGAUGGUGGUAUUCCCUGAAAUUCACAGCCAUGAAGGUGCGGCCUCAGUACUUUUUCCCAGGUGUUGGAAGUGGAGAUUAUGAAAACAGUGUCUGGUAGGGUUCUCUCGAGCAGGAACAGCACCGGUUCUUGGGAACGGGCAAAAUAAAAUUAUGGUCAGUUUUAUUAUGUUCCCCUUCAAAUCCCUCCAUGGCCACGCCCCACACUUAACUCUGCGACCUCCUAUAACCUUAUUGACCCUUCGCUCAGCGAAUGCCAGCCAGCCUGCUUCAUCCAUCACCCUCCCACCAUCAGUGGGCAAGCUUUCAACCAACAACAAUAACAACAACGGCUUCCUCCACACAGGGCAGUGUCUCAAAGCGCUUAGCCAUUCCACCUCUGCUCUCUGCUCUCAACUCCCUCUGACUCGCACCAACCCCCAACACCUUACUCCCCACUUGAAAAAGUCUGCCUCAUAACGUACCUCUUUGUACUUUUGGGCAACUUUUCCCCUCUCCGCCUGCCUCCUUCCUCAGCUUCCCUUCAUCCCCAGAUCAGGCUCCCAGACAGCUCUGUAAAGCACUUCGAAACGUGCUAUGUAAAUGUAAAUUGUAUUCUUUUAUUGUAUUCAGGUAGGAGAAGAAGAUUAUUGUUUUAUAUCUAAUCAUUAAUAAUGUUUGUCUAAUCAUGAAUACACAGUCAAUCCACUUUCCUAUGAAACGCUUUGAAACGUCUCAAU